GAUGUCGGAUGACAGGAUGACGGGCAACUUGUCUCUUUGGUCGGCGAUGCCAAUGUUCCCGCCAGAGAACUCCUCCUAUAACUCCUCCCUCCCUCCGUCGUUCACCGACUGGGAGGCACCCACCUUCACCGCCGCUGCCCGAGUCCGCGUGGCCGCCACAAUGGUCCUCUUCGUGUUCGCCGCCUUCUCUAACCUCUCCGUGCUGAUUAGCGUGGCACGGGGCCGCGGGCGCUGCCUGGCUGCCCAUCUCCGGCCACUCAUUGCCAGCCUGGCCUCUGCAGACCUGGUGAUGACGUUUGUGGUAAUGCCUCUGGACGCGGUGUGGAACGUCACCGUGCAGUGGUACGCCGGUGAUACCAUGUGCAAGCUGCUGUGCUUCCUCAAGCUGUUUGCCAUGCACUCGUCUGCCUUCAUCCUGGUGGUGGUCAGCCUGGACCGCCACCAUGCUAUCCUACACCCGCUGGAUGCGCUGGAUGCCGGGCGCAGGAACAAGAGGAUGCUGCUCAUUGCCUGGGUCCUCAGCCUGCUCCUGGCCUCCCCACAGGUGGGUGUACAUACGGUAGCAUCUACAUCGUUCUCAGACUACAGCCUAACAACAUGGAUAGUCAAUUAGUAAGACUUCUAUUUCUCUAUUAUGUUAGGAAGACAGUGGUCCACUUGAGAUUGAUUGCUGAUCCACUAUCUUACUACCCUGUUAUCUACAUUGAAUAUCACUCCAUUUCACUAUGGUUUCACUUCACUGAAUCACUUUGCACCCACAUUCAAUUAAUCAUUUGCGUCUAUGUUUGUAAUGGUUAUGCAUAACAAUGCGGUCCAUGACUGGAUCACCAUUUACGAAUCAGAAAACCACAUCUUUUGAUUGGCAAAGUUUUACCACGUGGGUCUUAAGCUAAACCUUACCAUAGUUUCUAGCCGAUCAAAGUGGCCUUUUACUGGAACAAGUCCAGACUGAAUCAGUGUAUUGGAGCAAUAGUGAAAUGGAGGGCUGUUCAGUUUGGAUUCCAGGCUAGUAAGAUAGCAGGGCAGCAAUCGAUCUUAAGUUGGUCACUAUCUUCCUCACACAAUAGAGCAUACAGUCAGUGAUCUGCCAAUCAAAUUAAGUCCUAUGGGUAGGUGGGUGGUGCAUUGUGAGGAAAUGAUAUCUCAGCAAAAGAUCAUUCCCAAGGUUGGUGUAUUCAACUGUAAUUAUAUAGGACAAGCACACCAGCUCUUGAUUGAUGGCUGUAGUAAUGUGAGUAGAAUGGCUUAGAAGUGUAAGCAGCUGUAGCAGUUAUCAGCUUGGUAACAAAGUGUUGCUAUGAUCAAAUAAAAUAAUCAAAUUGGCUGAGGAGGUCAGCUGCAUAUUGAUAAUAGUCCCACCCCAAUCCAAACAGUAGUGCUGUGAAUGAUAUAAGCCUUUAGCCACCCUGACAGGUAGGGAGAGAUAGAAGGCAGGGAGGGAGAGAGAGAUUGCUUUCACUCAAAUGUAUAUAUCCAAUCAUUUGAGAUGUAUUGUCAAUUGGUCUUUAGAAACAAACCAUGUGGAUUUAUGCAAUUUUACUCAUAUUCAAAAAAUAUAUAUUUUGCAAUAUUUUUGUAUUUACAUGUAUUUCAUGCCAAUAAGCACUGAUUUUGAAUUUGAAUUGAGAAAUGAGGGAAUAGAUUUCAUUCCAUGCUCACAGAUCAAUUUCUAACCGAAAGUACAGUACUUUGGAUGCUCCAUCAAUUCCAGUUCUGAGUUGAAGGCCCCAUUGCACUGCCCUGAGAGAAAAUAGCUUUCCCUCCCCGCAUGGCUAGAUUUCUGAGUGUUCCCUCUUUUUUUUUUACUGUCACAGAGAGAGAGAGUUUUACCACAAAUCCAGUCCCCUUAAUGUCAGAGCCUCGGAGAGAUGACAUUUCUGGCUGUCAGUGGACACGACCUUGGAGGUGCUAGUCAGUGGCUGGUGUUCCAAAUUAAUAGGAAGAAGGGAAAAACACAGAACUUCUGCUGUAGGAGGAGGGAUGGAGGGAGAGACACAAGGCGGGGGAGCCAGUCGACCGUGGAGAAGGGAGAGAGAUGUUAGCUCAGAGAAAGGAGGGUGGGUGGUGAGUUGUGGAGAGAUCAAUAUGGCCACUUUACAAACCAUACACACACACUUGACAUGGAUGGUCAUUCUACGGGAAAUGCAUGUUCCUGGUUAGGCAAUUAAGGCAACCCAUCAUAUGGUGACUGAACACAGCACUGGUGACUGUGGCUGUGAAGAGAAAUAAAUGGAAAAUUGAAUCCAUCUCAUUUACUACGCACACACACACACACUUUCUAUUAUGAUAAUCAAGUAGCAGAUAUUUUGUGCAGACAGAAGCCAUCUAUGAAAAAUGUAUGCACUCACUAAACUGUAAGUCGCUCUGGAUAAGAGCGUCUGCUAAAUUACUAAAAUGUAAAUGUGAAUCUCAUCUUGAGUGUUACCAUGUUUAUGCUUACUAAUUGACCAAUGACUUUCAAAGAUUGGUGGAGUUGGUCAGGGGUUAAAGUAAUUCAGCACAAAAACUGGUUGAAUCAACGUUGUUUUCACAUCAUUUCAACAAAAUAAAUCUAUGUGAUGACAUUGAAUCAACGUGGAAAACUGAUUUGAUUUACAGAAAGUCAUCAACUAAAGCUUUUAGCCUAAAUCCAAUGACAUGGUGACAGAUUUGUUCAUUUCAUGUUGAAUUCACGUUAGUUGAAUUUACCAAAUGUACACUGAACAAAAAUAGAAAACGCAACAUGAAACAAUUACAGCUCAUAUAAGGAAAUCAGUCAAUUGAAAGAAAUUCAUUAGCCCUAAUCUAUGGAUUUCACAUGACUGGGAAUACAGAUAUGCAUCUGUUGGUCACAGAUACCUUAAAAAAAAGAGACAUGGAUAAGAAAACCAGUCAGUAUCUGGUAUGACCACAAUUUGCCUCAUGCAGCACGACACAUCUCCUUUGCAUAGAGUUGAUCAGGCUGUUGAUUGUGGCCUGUGGAAUGUUGUCCCACUCCUCUUCAAGGGCUGUGAGAAAAUGCUGGAUAUUGGCUGGGACUGGAACACGCUGUCGUAAACGUAGAUCCAGAGCAUCCCAAACAUGCUCAAUGGGUAACAUGUCUGUUGAGUAUGCAGGCCAUUGAAGGACUAGGACAUUUUCAGCUUCCAGGAAUUGUGUAUAGAUCCUUGUGACAUGGGGCCGUGCAUUAUCAUCCUGAAACAUGAUGUGAUGGCGGCGGAUGAAUGGCAUGACAAUGUGCCUCAGGAUCUCGUCACGGUACCUCUGUGCAUUCAAAUUUCCAUAGAUAAAAUGCCUGCCCAUACCAUAACCCCACCGCCACCAUGGGCACUCUGUUCACAACGUUGACAUCAGCAAACCACUCGACCACACAAUGCCAUACACGCUGUCUGCCAUCUGCCCGGUACAGUUGAAACCGGGAUCCAUGAAGAGCACACUUCUCCAGCGUGCCAGUGGUCAUUUGAAGGUGAGCAUUUGCCCACUGAAGUUGGUUCCAAUGCUGAACUGCAGUCAGGUCAAGACCCUGGUGAGGAUGAUGAGCACGCAGAUGAGCUUCCCUGAAACGGUUUCUGACAGUUUGUGCACAAAUUCUUCGGUUGUGCAAACCCACAGUUGCAUUAGCUCUCCGGGUGGUUGGUCUCAAAUGAUCCCGCAGGUUAAAAAGCCAGAUGUGGAAGUCCUUGGCUGGCGUGGUUACACGUGGUCUGCGGUUGUGUGGCCGGUUGGACAUAAUGCCAAAUUCUCUAAAACGAUGUUGGAGGCGGCGUAUGGUAGAGAAAUUAACAUUCAAUUCUCUGGCAACAGCUCUGGUGAACAUUCCUGCAGUCUACAUGCCAAUUGCACGCUCCCUCAAAACUUGAGACAUAACUGCACAUUUUGGAGUGGCCUUUUAUUGUCCCCAGCACAAGGUGCACAUGUGUAAUGAUCCUGCUGUUUAAUCAGCUUCUUGAUAUGCCACACCUGUCAGGUGGAUGGAUUAUCUUGGUAAAGGAGAAAUGCUCACUAACAGGGAUGUAAACACAUUUUGGCACAACAUCUUUGAGAAAUAAGCCUUUUGUGCAUACAGAACAUUUCUGUGAUCUUUUAUUUCAGCUCAUGAACAAUAAACCAACACUUUAUAUGUUGCGUUUAUAUUUUUGUUCAGUAUAAAUGAAAACUAGACGUUGAAAUUACGUCUGUGCCCAGUGGGAGGUGACUGAAAGCCGAUUUUAUUAGCACUUCAGUACAGCAGAACGGUGGCAAAGUGUACCCUCAAUCGCCCUGAUCAAAAGCAGCGGCAAAAAUAGAAUAGCGAAGUGAAGCUAUCCCAGCAGGCAAAACUGGUUGCAGUGACGUUUAUCCGACGUCUUCUGUAAUGGCAUGGUUGUAUACUAUUUGUAAAAGUUGUAUUUUCCAGAAAGAAACAUCUUUACCUAGGCGUAAUAUUGCUGACUUUUCUACAACCAGAAAAACAGUUUACAUUCAUAUGUCAUUAUGAUAUGUCACCAACGUUUGUCUGCUAUGAUAGCUGUAGAUAUGGGGAAAUUAUGAUGGAAGGGUUACAAGGGAAGGGAAGCUAUUAUCCUCUGGUUCCCCAUGCCAUUGUAUUUGUGUAAUUAUAAGAAAUAUGUGUGUCUGAGAGUGAUGUCUGCAUACAGUGCCUUCAGAAAUUAUUCACACCCCUUGACUUUUUCAAAAUGUUGUUGUAUUACAGCCUGAAUUUAAAAUGGAUUAAACUGAUAUUUUUUUCACUGGCCUACACACAAUACCCCAUAAUGUCAAAGUGAAAUUAUGUUUUUCGAAAUGUGUACAAAUGAAUUAGAAAUGAGAAGCUGAAAUGUCUUGAGUCAAUAAGUAUUCAACCCCUUUGUUAUGGCAAGCCUAAAUAAGUUCAGGAGUAAAAAUUUGCUUAACAGUCACAUAAGUAUUAUUAUUAUUAUUAUUAUUAUAAGUUGCAUGGACUCACUCUUUGUGCAAUAAUAGUGUUUAACAUGAUUUUUGAAUGACUACCUCAUCUCUGUACCCCACACAUACAAUUAUCUGUAAGGUGCCUCAGUCGAAAAGCUAAUUUCAAAAACAGAUUCAACCACAAAGACCAGAGAGGUUUUCCAUUGCUUCGCAAAGAAGGGCACCUAUUGGUAGAUGGGUAUAUGAAAAAAAAGCAGACAUUGAAUAUCCCUUUGAGCAUGAUGAAGGUAUUAAUUACACUUCAGAUGGUGUAUCAAUACACAUAGUCACUACAAAGAUACAGGCGUCCUUCCUAUCUCAGUUGCCGGAGAGGAAGGAAACCACUCAGGGAUUUCACCAUGAGGCCAAUGGUGACUUUAAAACAGUUGCAGAGUUCAAUGGCUGUGAUAGGAGAAAACUGAGGAUGGAUCAACUACACUGUAGUUACUCCACAAUACUAACCUAAUUGACAGAGUGAGAAGAAGGAAGCCUGUACAAAAUACAAAUAUUCCAAAACAUGCAUCCUGUUUGCAACAAGGCACUAAAGUAAUACUGCAAAAACUGGCAAAGCAAUUCACUUUUUGUCUUGAAUACAAAGUGUUGUAUGUUUGGGGCAAAUCCAAUACAACACAUUACUGAGUACCACUCUCCAUAUUUUCAAGCAUAGUGGUGGCCGCAUCAUGUUAUGGUUAGGUUUGUAAUCGUUAAGGAUGGGGGAGUUUUUUCAGGAUAAAAAAGAAACGGAAUGGAGCUAAGCAUAGGCAAAAUCCUAGAGGGAAACCUGGUUCAGUCUGCUUUCCACCAGACACUGGGAGAUUAAUUCACCUUUUAGCAGGACAAUAACCUAAAACACAAGGCCAAAUCUACACUGGAGUCCCGUGUAGCUCAGUUGGUAGAGCAUGUUGCUUGCAACGCCAAGGUUGUGGGUUCGAUUCCCAAGCAGGGACCAGUAUGAAAAUGUAUGCACUCACUAACUGUAAGUCGCUCUGGAUAAGAGCGUCUGCUAAAAUGUAAAAUGAGUUGCUUAAGAAGACAGUGAAUGUGGCCGAGUUAAUGUUUUGACUUAAAUCUUCUUGAAAAUCAAUGGCAAGACCUGAAAAUUGUUGUCUAGCAAUAACCAACAACCAAUUUGACAGAGCUUGAAUAAUUUUGAAAAGAAUAAUGGGCAAAUAAUAAUAUACCAUUUAGCAGACGCUUUUAUCCAAAGCGACUUACAGUCAUGUGUGCAUACAUUUUUACGUAUGGGUGGUCCCGGGGAUCGAACCCACUACCCUGGCAUUACAAGCGCCAUGCGCUACCAAUUGAGCUACAGAUUGGUAGAGCAUGUUGCUCAAUCCAGGUGUGGAAAUCUCUUAGAUUUACCCAGAAAGACUCACAGCUGUAAUCACUACCAAAGGUGAUUCUACAAAGUAUUGACUCAGUUGUGUGAAUACUUAUGUAAAUGAGAUAUUUCUGUAUUUCAUUUUCAAUAAAUAAAUUAAAUAUAAAUCCCCAAAAACAUUCUCACUUUGUCACUAUGUUGUAUUGUGUGUAGAUGGGUGACAUUUGUAUCUAUUUAAUCCAUGUUGAAUUCAGGCUGUAACACAACAAAAUGUUGAAUAAGUCAACGGUAUGAGUACCUUCUGAAGGGACUGUAGCUGACAAAGCCAAAGAAAAUAUGCUGAUUAAAAUUGAUUUUUGUGUGCACUUAUUAUUGAUUAUUGAUAUUGAAUGCUGGUGAUGGAGGAAGUGGAAAACAGAAGUGGAGUGUAUGACAGUCUGUCAUGAAUUGCAUGAAAUACUGAGAAAGUGGAAGAAUUUGCCUUAAUAGGAAAUUAUAAUACAGCAAAAGUAAGAAAAAAAUAUUAUGCUAGUUAAAAUCUUUUUUAAAGACUAUUUGAAACAUAAAAGCAUAGACAGUUAAUUUCCUCAAUUCCAGAUAGGAAUGGAGGACCAGGGUAAGAUGUGAGAGCAAUAUGAACCCUAUCUAUGGAUCAUACAGUGCCUUGCAUUCAUCUCCCUGCCGUUUUUCCUAUUUUGUUGCAUUACAACCUGUAAUUUAAAUGGAUUUUUAUUUGGAUUUCAUGUAAUGGACAUACACUAAAUAGUCGAAAUUGGUGAAGUGAAAUGAAAAAAAAUAACUUGUUUCAAAUAAAUUAUAAAAAAUAAAUAACGGAAAAGUGGUGCAUGCAUAUGUAUUCACCCCCUUUGCUAUGAAGCCCCUAAAUAAGAUCUGGUGCAACCAAUUACCUUCAGAAGUCACAUAAUUAGUUAAAUAAAGUCCACCUGUGUGCAAUCUAAGUGUCACAUAAUCUGUCACAUGAUCUCAGUAUAUAUACACCUGUUCUGAAAGGUCCCAGAGUCUGCAACACCACUAAGCAAGGGGCACCACCAAGCAAGCGGCACCAUGGAGACCAAGGAGCCCUCCAAACAGGUCAGAGACAAAGUUGUGAAGAAGUACAGAUCAGGGUUGGGUUAUAAAAAAAUAUCAGAAACUUUGAACAUCCCACGAAACACCAUUAAAUCCAUUAUAAAAAAAUUGAAAGAAUAUGGCACCACAACAAACCUGCCAAGAGAGGGCCGCCCACCAAAACUCACGGACCAGGCAAGGAGGGCAUUAGAGGCAACAAAGAGACCAAAGAUAACCCUGAAGGGGCUGCAAAGCUCUACAGCGGAGAUUGGAAUAUCUGUCCAUAGGACCACUUUAAGCCAUACGCUCCACAGAGUUGGGCUUUACGGAAGAGUGGCCAGAAAAAAGCCAUUGCUUAAAGAAAACAAUAAGCAAACAUGUUUGGUGUUCGCCAAAAGCCAUGUGGGAGACUUCCCAAACAUAUGGAAGAAGGUACUCUGGUCAGAUGAGACUAAAAUUGAGUUUUUUGGCCAUCAAGGAAAACGCUAUGUCUGGCGCAAACCCAACACCUCUCAUCACCCCGAGAACACCAUCCCCACAGUGAAGCAUGGUGGUGGCAGCAUCAUGCUGUGGGGGUGUUGUUCAUCGGCAGGGACUCGGAAACUGGUCAGAAUUGAAGGAAUGAUGGAUGGCACUAAAUACAGGGAAAUUCUUGAGGGAAACCUGUUUCAGUCUUCCAGAGAUUUGAGACUGGGACGGAGGUUCACCUUCCAGCAGGACAAUGACCCUAAGCAUACUGCUAAAGCAACACUCGAGUGGUUUAAGGGGAAACAUUUAAAUGUCUUGGAAUGGCCUAGUCAAAGCCCAGACCUCAAUCCAAUUGAAAAUCUGUGGUAUGACUUAAAGAUUGCUGUACACCAGCGGAACCCAUCCAACUUGAAGGAGUUGGAGCAGUUUUGCCUUGAAGAAUGGGCAAAAAUCCCAGUGGCUAGAUGUGCCAGCUUAUAGAGACAUACAUUUACAUUUUUAGUCAUUUAGCAGACGCUCUUAUCCAGAGCGACUUACAGUUAGUGAGUGCAUACAUUUUCAUGCCCCAAGAGACUUGCAGCUGUAAUUGCUGCAAAAGGUGGCUCUACAAAGUGUUGACUUUAGGGGGGUGAAUAGUUAUGCACGCUCAAGUUUUCAGUUUUUUUGUCUUAUUUCUUGUUUGUUUCACAGAAAAAAAUAUUUUGCAUUUGCAUCAAAGUGGUAGGCAUGUUGUGUAUAUCAAAUGAUACAAACCCCCCCAAAAAUCCAUUUUAAUUCCAGGUUGUAAGGCAACAAAAUAGGAAAAAUGCUAAGGGGGGUGAAUACUUUCGCAAGCCACUGUAACUGGAGUGAAGAUAAUGAAUUUAUUGCCAUCCUCAAGAGUAACAUAAAUAUUGGCCUAAACAUUCACAAAAGCACUCAUGGGCUAUCACACUUGUGCUCAGUGUUAAAAUAGAGGAGCUGGCAGCCUAUUUAGUUGGUGUGGAGCAGCAACUGUUGAGACAGUCAGUAGAUCAGAUGCAAAAAUAGGUGGUAUUUAUUUACAGUACAGGUAAUGGAGAAGACUGGAUCCAGAGGUUGUAUUUACAAAAUAUACAAAUGCAGAAACAUUAUCCCAAAAUAGCUCUGACAAAAAUAGAUACUUAAUAUUUAACUCGUUAUCUUCAUAAACAUUAGCGUUUCCAAUAAACAGUGAAAACACCCCAAAAUAAGGAGAGACACGCAACCUGUGGCAAAAGUCGUGAACAUGACUGCCGAUUGCGCUUGCUCAGUACUGUACAAGAUGACUGUAUUAUAUUACAGAUUCCUGAUAUGCUAUAACAAGGCAAUUAAAAAAUUAUAGAGAUUUAAAAAUUAUAGAUUUACGUUUUAGGACUUCACAUUAAAUUCAUAUAACUGUUAUAUCAUAUCACUUCUAUAUCAUAUCACCACUGGUGCAGAAACCGUAUUGAGAGGAAUCAUCAUUCUAACAGAUUAGAAUAGAUUGAUUUUGUAAUAGAUUUCUGAUUAGGUCAUUAAAAGGCUGCUGAGUGCGUCAAAUUGUCUGUCCCAUUUAAUUAUACUUUUCUUCACUCCAUUAACGUAUGUAUGUACUGUACUUAUUAACGCAGCAUUGCCCUCAUAACUGAGCAAUCAAUUUACCACACUAGGAGACCAAGUUAACAUGCGCUACAUAUGCUCUACCCUGUACAGCCAGAGAAUGGGCCCCACCCUCCGAGGGCUCGAUUCAAUCCGUAUUGCGGAAGUUCAGUACUAUAGCGCAAUUGGAAUUUAAAGGCAAUUUCUGAUUGAGCCGGCAUAUGCAUUGUUUACCAUGAAUGCAGUCUCCAAGGAUUAAGGAACAUUGCCUUUCAACUUCAAUCACACUAUAGCGCUGAACUUCCGCGAUACGGAUUGAAUCGAGCCCUGAGUCUCAUUCGUCUCUAGGUUUCUUCCCUCUAGGGAGCUUUUCCUUGCCACUGUGCUUCGUAUGCACUUUACUGGUCCAUAGGUCAGGUUUACUUUAAAGACCUUUGCGACAACUGCUGCUGUCAAGAGGGCUUGAAAUAAAAUGUGUGUUGAUUGUUUGAUAUACCUUUAUCAUGAUUUCUCACUACCCCUUUGUCUCUCUUUAUCUCAUAGCUGUUCAUUUUUCGAGCAAUCAAAGCAGAGGGAGUGGAAUUUACUCAGUGUGUGACGUAUGGAAGCUUCCACCAUCGCUGGCAAGAGACGGUCUACAACAUGUUUCACUUUGUCACGCUUUACGUGUUCCCCCUGUUAGCAAUGAGCUUCUGCUACACCCACAUCCUCAUCGAGAUCAGCCGUCAGAUGCACAAGGGCAAAGGUGUGUGUCUCUAUGUGUUAGUGUAAAAGGUGAAGAGACUCUGCACACUGCAUUAUUUGCUCUCGUGAUAUAUUUGACUAUUGGAUGUUUCGACAACACAUACUUGCUUGUCAUAUUUAGGGCCCAAAGUUUUUACUGUCCACAUGAUCAGACCAGGAAAAUCUCUAUUUAUUUUUGUACCUUUGUAUAUGCACUGAGCGUACAAAACAUUAGGAACACCUUCCUAAUAUUGAGUUGCACCUCCUUUUGCCCUCAGAACAGCCUCAAAUCGUUGGGGUAUGGAUUCUACAAGGUGUCGAAAGCGUUCCACAGGGAUGCUGGCCCAUGUUAACUCCAAUGCUUCCCACAGUUGUGUCAAGUUGGCUAGAUGUCCUUUGGGUGGUGGACCAUUCUUGAUACACACAGGAAACUGUGUGCGUUGCAGUUAUUGACACACUAAAACCAGUGCGCCUGUGUCACGCCCUGACUCUGGGGACUGCCUCAAAUCGUUGGAGUAUGGAUUCUACAAGGUGUCGAAAGCGUUCCACAGGGAUGCUGGCCCAUGUUUACUCCAAUGCUUCCCACAGUUGUGUCAAGUUGGCUAGAUGUCCUUUGGGUGGUGGACCAUUCUUGAUACACACAGGAAACUGUGUGCGUUGCAGUUAUUGACACACUAAAACCAGUGCGCCUGUGUCACGCCCUGACUCUGGGGACUCUUAUUUGUUGAGUCAGGGUGUGAUUUUCUAUGUUGUGAUUGUCUAUGUUAUAAGUCUAGUAUGUCUAGAUCUAUGUUGGCCGGUGUGGUUCCCAAUCAGAGGCAGCUGUCGCUUGUUGUCUCUGAUUGGGGACCAUACUUAGGCAGCCUAUUGGCACUAGUGGGUUGUGGGAUCUUGUUCUGUAUAAGGUUUGUUGUGUUACCUUAGGACUUCACGUGUCGUUAGUUUAUUGUUUUGUCGUGUGUUUAUUCGUGUAAAUAAACAUGUUUGCAUAUCCCGCUGCGCCUUGGUCUGACCCGUUCAUCAACGAACGUGACAGCCUGGCAUCCCAUUCAAAGGCACUUAAAUAUAAUUUCUUGCCCAUUCACCCUCUGAAUGGCACACAUACACAAUCAAAUCAAGUCAAAUCAAAUGUUAUUUGUCACAUGCGCCGAAUACAACAGGUGUAGACCUUACAGUGAAAUGCUUACUUACAAGCCCUUAACCAACAAUGCAGUUUUAAGAAAAAUAAGUGUUAAGUAAAAAAUAGAUCGGUCCAAAUAAAAAAGAACAAUGCAAAUAGUCCAGGUAGCCAUUUGAUUAGCUGUUCAGGAGUCUUAUGGCUUGGGGGUAGAAGCUUGGCACUUGGGCACCGCUUGCCGUGCGGUAUCAGAGAGAACAGGGUGGCUGGAGUAUUUGACAAUUUUUAGGGCACUGCCUGGUAUAGAGAUCCUGGAUGGCAGGAAGCUUGGUCCCAGUGAUGUACUGGGCCGUACGCACUACCCUCUGUAGUGCCUUGCGGUCGGAGGCCGAACAGUUGCCAUACCAGGCAGAGAUGCAACCAGUCAGGAUGCUCUCAAUGGUGCAGCUGUAUAACUUUUUGAGAAUCUGAGGACCCAUGCCAAAUCUUUUCAGUCUCUUGAGGGGGAAUAGGCUUUGUCGUGCCCUCUUCCCGGCUGUCUUGGUGUGUUUGGACCAUGAUCGUUUGUUGGUGAUGUGGACACCAAUGAACUUGAAGCUCUCAACCUGCCCCACUACAGCCCCGUCGAUGAGAAUGGGGGCUUGCUCGGUCCUCCUUUUCCUGUAGUCCACAAUUUUCUCCUUUGUCUUGAUUACGUUGAGGGAGAGGUUGUUAUCCUGGCACUACAUGGCCAGGUUUCUGACCUCCUCCCUAUAGGCUGUCUCAUCGUUGUCGGUGAUCAGGCCUACCACUGUUGUGAUGUUCGGCAAACUUAAUGAUGGUGUUGGAGUCGUGCCUGGCCAUGCAUUCAUGGGUGAAUGGGGAGUACAGGAGGGGACUGAGCACGCACCCCUGAGGGGCCCCCGUGUUGAGGAUCAGCAUGGCAGAUGUGUUGUUACCUAUCCUUACUACCUGGGGGCGGCCCGUCAGGAAGUCCAGGAUCCAGUUGCAGAGGGAGGUGUUUAGUCCCAGGGUCCUUAGCUUAGUGAUGAGCUUUGAGGGCACUAUGGUGUUGAACGCUGAGCUGUAGUCAAUGAAUAGCAUUCUCACGUAGGUGUUCCUUUUGUCCAGGUGGGAAAGGGCAGUGUGGAGUGCAAUAUAGAUUGCAUCAUCUGUGGAUCUGUUGGGGCGGUAUGCAAAUUGGAGUGGGUCUAGGGUUUCUGGGAUAAUGGUGUUGAUGUGAGCCAUGACCAGCCUUUCAAAGCACUUCAUGGCUACAGAUGUGAGUGCAACGGGUCGGUAGUCAUUUAGGCAGGUUAUCUUAGUGUUUUUGGGCACAGGGACUAUGGUGGUCUGCUUGAAACAUGUUGGUAUUACAGACUCAGUCAGGGACAGGUUGAAAAUGUCAGUGAAAACACUUGCAAGUUGGUCAGCGCAUGCUCGGAGUACACGUCCAGGUAAUCCGUAUGGCCCUGCGGCCUGGUGAAUGUUGACCUGUUUAAAGGCUACGGAGAGCAUGAUCACACAGUUGUCUGGAACAGCUGAUGCUCUCAUGCAUGCUUCAGUGUUGCUUGCCUCGAAGCGAGCAUAGAAGUAAUUUAGCUCGUCUGGUAGGCUCGUGUCACUGGGCAGCUCGUGGCUGUGCUUCCCUUUGUAGUCUGUAAUAGUUUGCAAGCCCUGCCACAUCCGACGAGCGUCGGAGCCGGUGUAGUACGAUACAAUCUUAGUCCUGUAUUGACUCUUUGCUUGUUUGAUGGUUCGUGCACCAACUGUUGUUUACAAAUAUACACAAACCGCCAACCCUUGUCUUACCAGAGGCAGCUGUUCUAUCUUGCCGAUGCAGCGUAAAUCCUGCCAGCUGUAUGUUAUCCAUGUCGUCGUUCACCCACGACUCAGUGAAAUAUAAGAUAUUACCGUUUUGAAUGUCCCGUUGGUAGGAUAUUCGCGAUCGUAGCUCGUCCAUUUUGUUAUCCAAUAAUUGUACGUUGGCUAAUAGGACUGAUGGUAGAGGCAGAUUACCAACUCGCCGUCGGAUCUUUACAAGGCACCCCGACCUACGUCACCGAUAUCUUCAUCUCUUUCUCCUGCGAAUGACGCGGAUUUGGGCCUUGUCGAGUGUCUGAAGUAAAUCCUUCGCGUCCGACUUGUUAAAGGAAAAAUAUUUGUCCAGUACGAGGUGAGUAAUCUCUGUCCUGAUAUCCAGAAGCUCUUUUCGGUCAUAAGAGAUGGUGGCAGAAACAGUAUGGACAAAAUAAGUUACACAUAAUGCGAACAAAGCACACAUUUGGUUAGGAGUCCAUAAAACGGCAGCCAUCUCCUCCGGCGCCAUUAUACUUCAUAUCUCAUUUAUCUCAAGGCUUCUUUAACCUGUCUCCUCCCCUUCAUCUACACUGAUUGAAGUGGAUUUAACAAGUGACAUCAAAAAGGGAUCAUGGCUUUCACCUGGUCAGUCUGUCAUGGAACAUGUUUUGUUUUGUACACUCAGUGUUAUAAUCUAACUUUUUGUACAUCUAAUACAUGAAUCAAUCAGCCAGUCAGGUCCUGAUCAGCUUACAUGGUCAGGAAAACUCAGGGCACUUGUCAUCGUCUACACCUUCAACUUACAUAGUACCAUUCCAAAUCUCCUCACAAACUGUGUAUGUCUGUUAUCACUUCAGGUGGGGAGCCGUGCCUGAGGCGAAGUGGCGCUGACAUGAUCCCCAAGGCGCGAAUGAAGACCCUGAAGAUGACCAUCGUGAUCGUGGCGUCUUUCGUGAUUUGCUGGACGCCAUACUACCUCCUGGGCAUCUGGUACUGGUUCAAGCCAGCCAUGCUCCAGGAGACACCCGAGUACGUCCACCACGCCCUUUUCGUCUUCGGCAACCUCAAUACAUGCUGCGACCCAGUGAUCUACAGCUUCUACACGCCCUCCUUCCGGGCUGACCUGGCUGAUGUGUUCGCCUGCUGCUGCCGCUGCCGAUCACAGAGCAUCUCCCCGAGGUCCCUGGACCGCCUGACGUGUCGGAGGGGCAGGGCAAGCGGAGAGGCAGAGUCUGACAAUCCCAGUGGCGACCAGCCAAGUGGAAACCUGGGG